AUGGCUUCGGACGCGGCCACCAACGCGGGCAAUGCGACCUUCAAGGACAAGGCCAAGCCAGCUGCUGUCCGGGAAGGCAACAUUUCCGCUGCUCGCGCCGUCGCGGAUGCCAUUCGAACGUCGCUGGGACCUCGGGGCAUGGACAAGAUGAUUCAGACGGCAAAGGGCGAGACCAUCAUCACCAACGACGGAAACACCAUGCUGAAGGACAUGUCGGUCAUGCAUCCCGCGGCUAAGAUGCUCGUCGAUUUGGCCAACGCACAGGAUAUCGAGGCGGGAGAUGGCACCACUUCAGUCGUCGUCAUUGCCGGCAGUCUGCUGGGCGCUGCUGAGAGACUCCUCGCCAAGGGCCUGCACCCAACCAUCAUCAGCGAGAGUUUUCAACGUGCUGCUGCCCGAGCGGUGGGAAUCCUCGAGGAAAUUUCCGUCCCCAUCAACCUCACCGACCGCGCCACUCUCCUCAAGGCCGCAUCCACCUCCCUCUCCUCCAAAAUCGUCGCUCAAGAACCAAAACUGGCGCCCAUGGCUGUUGAUGCCGUCCUGCGCACGAUCAACCCCACAAACGCCCAAAACGUUGAUCUUCGCAACAUUCGCAUCUUGAAGAAGGCGGGAGGCGUCAUUGACGAUUCCGAAAUGCUCGAGGGUUUGGUCCUCAGCCAGCAGUGCAGCAAGAGCGCCGGCGGUCCCACCAGAAUAGAAAAGGCCAAGAUCGCCCUCAUCCAAUUCCAACUCUCCCCACCCAAACCCGACAUGGAGAACCAAAUCGUCGUCAACGACUACCGUCAAAUGGACAAGAUCCUCAAGGAAGAGCGCACCUACCUCCUCAACAUGGUCAAGAAGAUCAAAAAGGCAAAAUGCAACGUCCUCCUCAUCCAAAAGAGCAUCCUCCGCGAUGCCGUCAACGAUCUCUCCCUCCACUUUCUCUACAAACUCGGGAUUCUCUGUGUCAAGGAUAUCGAGCGUGACGAGGUGGAAUUCAUCUGCAAAUCCACCGGCUGCAAACCCAUCGCCGACAUCGACUCCUUUUCCGAAGACAAGCUGGGUUCCGCCGAUCUCGUCGAGGAAGUCUCAUCUCUCGGAUCCCGCUACACCCGAGUCUCGGGUGUCAAGCACCCCAAUCCCAACGCCCCCAAGACCGUCUCCAUUGUCGCCCGAGGAGCAAACACCCUCAUCCUCGACGAAGCAGAACGUUCCCUCCACGACGCCAUGUGCGUCAUCCGCUGUCUCGUCAAGAAGCGUGCCCUCCUCCCCGGUGGUGGAGCCCCAGAAAUGGCUGUCUCCACGCAACUCUCCCAAGAUGCCCUCACAGCCAGCUACCCGGAUAGCAUCUGUUUCAAAGCCUUUGCCGAUGCGCUGGAGAUUGUGCCCGUGACCCUCGCGGAGAAUGCGGGGUUGAACAGCAUCAAAGUCGUGACCGAGUUGCGCGCGAGACACGUGGGUGGCGAGAGGAAUGUGGGAGUCAGCAUCAAGAGGGGUGGUGUGGGUGUCAUGGGCGAGGGUGGAGAGGGAGUCAUGCAGCCCUUGUUGGUGAGUACGAGUGCCAUGGAGUUGGCGAGUGAGACGGUCAAGAUGAUUUUGCGGAUUGAUGAUAUUGCUCUGUCGAGAUGA